UCGCAGACAAGGUUGCAGAGGUUGUACGAACUAAUGAGUACGAUUUCGUGAUGUGCAACUUUGCACCACCUGAUAUGGUGGGCCACACCGGAAAGUAUGAUGCAGCAGUCCAGGCAAUCACCCACUCCGAUGAUGCCGUUAAGGCUAUCUAUGAAGCCUGUAAAGAGGCGGGUUACAUACUUCUCAUCACAGCCGAUCAUGGAAAUGCAGAGCAAAUGGUCAACCCCGAAACAGGGAAUCCCCAUACUGCCCAUACAACCAACCCAGUACCCUUCAUUAUGACCGCCGACACAAAUAAGUACACGUUCACUGAAGAUGAAGCUGGUGAAGAGGAGGGAGCGUUGUGCGAUGUUGCACCUACAAUACUAGCGUUGAUGGUGUGUAUGAUGAAAGGAGGUUCGCCACCUGCUGACUCAAAUUCAUAG